AUGCGCUCCGCACGAGUAGACGUCAAAGCCGCGCUGGCCGCGUACCGCUCGCACGUGGCAUCCCGCAACCGCCAGGUCCUGGAGGUCUACGUGCCCUUCAUCGCGGCCGCGGAAACGGACCUCGACGACGGCGAGGACCUGGACCGGCUCCGGAUGGAGAGCCUGCGGGGCCUGCUGUCCGCGGACGAGGAGUGCUUCGCGGAGCUGGGGAUCUCGACGCCGGGGGAUGUGUUGGACAGGUAUGAGGCGCUGGUGCCGCGGUUGGGGCUCGACGGUGUCACGUCGCCGCAGGCGCGGGAGGGGAUGAGGAGCAAGAUGUGGGGGGAGUAUUUCGACGUCGUGCUGAGGGAGCUGAGGCGGACGUGUCUGGAGGAGGUGUGGGAGAGCAUUGGCGUGCCUGAGGAGCUUCGAGUCCUGGCGGAGGAGGUUGAUGCGGUGGACGGGCCUGGGCUCGCGAAGGACCGGACUGCGUUCUUCUGGUGGGGAUUAAGGGACAGGCUUUGGGGCACGGCGGCGGCGGGGAGGGAGUUUGAGCGCAGAACGGCGGAGAGGGUGAUGAUGCCGACGGAGGCGAAGCAGAUGAGCGGGCUGGGGCCCGGGUGGGAGGUUGCUGGCGGGUGGGAGCUCGGGGAGGGUAGGGAGGAGGGGUGGUUUUGUGCUGUGUAUUGCAGACGGGCUGGGGAUGAGGGUGGUUGGAGGUGGAGGUAUACCUUUGUGUCGCAGUGGGAUUACUCUUCACGGGUGUUUGGAUCGGUGGCGGAGUUCUUGGGAUGGUAUUGCACGUUUAAUGAAGGAGAGCUGCUGAGGGUGGAGGAGUUGAACGCGGACGACAUCCUGGCUGGUCUGUUCUGA